GGGUGUCUCUCUCCCCCGCCUGCCUGAUUUCUCCACCGGCAGCGAUGCAGAGGAAACACACUGAAGCUAACGUCAAACUCCACACAACAGUUAACCUCAGUUAUUAAUGUUAUAUUCUAUUUAUUUCUACUUUAAUAAUCCUGGAGCUGCGGGAAUGGUGUCGCCUCCUGAAGCCGGAUAAUCAGACGCAGAGGCCGGGCGGCAGGGAAGGCUAGCUGGCUGGAGUUACAGCCGAGACUCCUGGGUUGAAUCUCGGCCUCCUUGCAGGAUUUCAUCUGGAUUUUUGUGGAUAUUUUGGGGCGUUUUGAGGUGGUUUCUCCCGGCUGUAGUGGUGGACUGUACUGGCUUUAGGUGCGCUCGGUCCUUGAUGCCCGGGAGGCCCGAAGGAGCUCAGACUGCGGAGCCCCGGAGCAGGGCUCGGACACCGGGGAAGUAACGUUAACGUUAGAGGAGGAGUUAGUCUGUCUCUCUGUCUGAGCCCCUCCCACCAUGAACCCUCUGAACCAAAUGAAGGCUGGACUGAAUAACAACCCACACAGUGAGGGUUCGUACCCAUACGACCCCUCCAGCUGGCAGCAGCCCAGCAAUCAGCCAACAGGAUCCCUCUCCGUGGUAACAACCGUCUGGGGAGUGACCAAUCCCUCGGCCAGUCAGGGUAUGGGUGGAGGGGUGAUGGGGCCUGGAGCCAACCCAGGCGGGGGACCCAUGAUGCAGGGCCCCGGGGGUCCGGGCAUGGCCGGUGGUCACGGAGGCUAUAUGGGUCAGCAGGGCUACGGAGAGCCCAACAAAGGCUACAUGAACCAGGGGAUGUAUGGCCGGACAACUGGGGGAUACGCUGGAGGACCGGGGGGAUACACAGGGAGCUACCAGUCGAACCCUAGCGGCUCCAGAGGUUCUGCUGACUUCACUCAGGCUGCUGCUGCCGCCGCUGUUGCUGCAGCUGCUGCCACGGCAACCGCCACAGCCACGGCAACCGUCGCCGCCAUUCAGGAGAAACAAAACCAGGAAAUGAAUUACGGACAGAUGGGAGGUCAGGCCUAUAACAACCAGUUCAUGGCCCACUCUGGUCCCCGUGGCCCCCCUGGCAUGGCCCCCGGAGGUAUGGGCCCCGGGCCUGGGCCCACUAGGGGCCCUCCCUCAAUGGGCCCCAUGUACGGACCUGGAGGCGGCCCCCAGAGGGUCCCUCAGCACCCUCAGCACCCUCAGCACCCAAACUACGGCCCCGGGCUACAGCAGGGCCACCUGAGGCCCCCACAGGGCCUCAAACGGCCGUACAACUCUGAGUCUUUCCCAGGAAUGUCUCAGCAGUACGGCGUUCCAGUUGGUCCAGGUGUGAACGUGAUGUCAGGUCCUGGUGGCGGCGGCGGUUCAAUUCCAGGAUCAGGUGGAGGCGGUCACGCCGGCCCCGGUCCCUACACCAGCCCCAACAUGCAGUACCAUCCAGGUCCAGGCCCCGCCCCCCAGCGCUCCGGCUCCUCCCCCUCUUAUCAGACCCAUAAGAUGCCCCUCCCACAGUACCCCCCCUCAGGACCCCCCAACUCACAGUACUACAAGCAGGAGCAGUUUAACGGUCAGGGUGGAGGUUUGAACACUCUGACAACAGGGGGCGCCGGUGGUGUAUACAACGCCUUCAACCAACCGUCUGGGCCUGGUCGAGGGUUGCCAGGUUACCCCUCCUCCCCGGUUCCUGGAAACCCGACCCCUCCCAUCACCCCCAGCAGCUCCAUGGCCCCGCCCUACAUGUCUCCCGGGAACAGUGACGUCAAGCCACCGCCCUCUUCCUUCCUGCCUGACAUCAAACCCAACAUGGCCGGCUUGCCCCCGCCUCCUCCCACAGGUAACCCUAGCGACGACCUGCGGCUGACCUUUCCAGUGCGUGACGGUGUGGUCCUAGAGCCCUUCAGAUUAGAGCACAACCUGGCUGUCAGCAACCACGUCUUCCAGCUGAGAGACUCUGUCUACAAAACUCUCAUCAUGAGACCGGACCUGGAGCUCCAGUUUAAGUGUUACCACCACGAGGAUCGACAGAUGAACACCAACUGGCCCGCCUCCGUCCAGGUGAGUGUGAACGCGACUCCUCUCACCAUCGAGCGAGGUGACAACAAAACUUCCCAUAAGCCUUUGUACCUGAAGCAAGUCUGUCAACCAGGCAGGAACACCAUCCAGAUCACCGUCACCGCCUGCUGCUGCUCUCACCUGUUUGUCCUCCAGCUGGUUCAUCGUCCGUCGGUCCGUUCGGUGCUUCAGGGUCUGAUGAAGAAGAGGCUGCUGCCUGCAGAGCAUUGUGUCACCAAGAUAAAGAGGAACUUCAGCAGCGGUUCAAUCCCCGGGACUCCCGGGUUAAACGGAGAGGACGGCGUGGAGCAGACCGCCAUCAGAGUCUCGUUGAAAUGUCCGAUCACUUUCCGCCGCAUCCAGCUGCCCUCCAGAGGUCACGAUUGCAGACACAUACAGUGUUUUGAUCUGGAGUCGUACCUGCAGCUCAACUGUGAGAGAGGAACAUGGAGAUGCCCUGUGUGCAAUAAAACAGCUCUGUUGGAGGGUCUGGAGGUGGAUCAAUAUAUGCUGGGAAUCCUAAUCUACGUUCAGAACUCGGAGUAUGAGGAGAUCACCAUCGACCCGGUGUGCAGCUGGAAGCCGGUUCCUGUGAAGCCGGACAUCCAUGUGAAGGAGGAGUUGGACGGCCCGGUGUUGAAGCGCUGUCGGACGCUCAGCCCGAGUCAUAUGGUCCUGCCUAGCGUCAUGGAGAUGAUUGCAUCACUAGGUCCCGCCUCCUCAUCGGCUACCUCCUCCCCAAUGCCCUACCCCCCCCUACCUGCAGGGGGCAGCAAUAACGGCAACACACCGGACUACCCCGGACCAGCUCCGUCCUAUCCCAGUCAGUCUGCUGCUUUCUCAGACUUCAGUGGUCCUGGGACUCCGGGGGUUGGGGGGGACUUCUCCUCCCCCGGUCCUCCCCCUCUCUCCUACCAGUCUGAGCUUUCCAGUGCCCUCCUCACCCCCGACAAACCCCCCCCACACCCUCUGGCUGGACAGAUGUCGGUCUCGGGCCGACUGGACUCCACUUCCCACGGUGCUUCUCUAUCCCAGCAGCAGUCACAGGGUCUCCACGGCAACUCCCAAAUGGGGGGCGGCCACCAGAUGAUGCAGCGUAGCAACCAGAACCCCCGUCUCCAAGGCGACGGCUCCUUCGGCCUCGGGGGUUCUGCGGAGGUUCCUGAGCCUUCUCUGGACUUGCUUCCGGAGUUGACCAACCCAGACGAGUUGCUGUCGUACCUCGGACCUCCGGAUCUCCCGAACAACAACAACGACGACCUGCUGUCCCUGUUCGAGAACAACUGAACACCUCCAGAAUAUAAACAGAACUUUACUGUAAGAUAUGAACUCUUUUUCUCCUCGCCCGCCAAUAUGACCGGCGGUCCAACGUGACCACCGUCUGCACAGGAUGGAGCGAUCGAUAAGAAGGAAACAAAAAAAACAACAAACAAACAACAACUUUUAAAUAUGAAAAACUCUUUGAUGUUUGACGAUGAUGGUAACUUUAUUUUAUUGUUUUUUUAAUCCUCUAAAACUGUAUUUUGAUGCUUCAUCCUUCAUUCCCCGUCGUGGUUCACAGAAAGCCAUUCAGACUAUUUAAAGUUGGUGACGACCACACAGCUGCUUUAACUACACAUCACACACACACACAGACACACACACACACACACACUGUGACUGCUGAGCUAAUCAUCCAUUAGCUAUUACACUUUUCCUUUCUUCCAGACAGCCAUCUGGUUUCAGGUCAUUUCUAUGAAAAUGCAGAGAGAUGAUUCGUCAGAUUUAUUUAGAUCAAAGCAGCCGCAUGACGAGACGUAAAUGUGAUUUGUAGUUAAUGAGACGUGUGGUCCUUUAAAGCCAGAAUAUUUCUGGUCCAAAUAAGUUUAAAUUGUAAAUGGUAUAAAAAGUAGAAGAUGAGCUUUAAAGGGGCAGUCUGCAUCUGUUCUGACAGACAUGAUGCUUUUUGUUUUUCACCUGAGAUAUGUAGAGACACUGAAGACUAACUAAGAGGAACUGUUGAGUCCAGAAAAUGUCUCGGGAAGAUACAAAGAGGCACCGUUUACACUCAGCCACAGCGUCUCAUGGAGGGUCGAGACUUUUCCUGUGAAAUCUUUUCCCUACCGUGGAUUAUGUUAUUGUUCUCCAGGAGUUCGAUUUUAAACACAGAACAACAGAUAAUUAAUCGGAAAGUGAUUUUUAAUUGUUAUUCUUAUUGGUAAGAUUAUGUGGUAAUAAUAUUUUAGUACAACAACAAUUCAUCUUAUAAGUGACUUAAAAACAACAACAAAUCAUUUAAUGUGUUUUUAACUUCUGAUCUGAUUCUGAACCUCAGAAACACUUGACCACCAUGCCACAUUUUAGCCUCCUGGGACAAAAAACGGUGGCCGCCUAGGGGUGGGGAACUGUUUAUGUACCGCCCAACCAACCGAGCGAGCUAUAGAGCUGCUUGUCGCAGCUAUAAAUGUCUUAGUUGAAUGUGACGUCUUCAAACAUCUUGUUUUGUUCGACCAACAGCCCAAAACUCAAAUAUUCAGUUUACUGUGAAAUAAAAAAGAAAAUCUAAGACGUUGGAGGAAUUGGAAUCAGAAAAUUUGGGGAUUUUUUUCACUACUUUUGCUUGACAAAUGACUGAAACAACUUGUAGUUUGUUGUGUCCUCUCACUGUCGUGCAAAUUAAACUACCAGAUAGUUUCUCGUCUGCACCAGAGACAGACACUUUACUAACUGCUGAGAUGGGAAGCUAUCUGCUCAUUAGAAAGGUUUCCCCCUUAAGGGCUUAGUAAUAUUUUGUUUGCAAGCUCGCCAAGUUUUUCUUCUUCUUGUCUUACCAAACAGCUUCUGGUGCAUUCCGACCCUCUGCACAGCAGCAGGGCUGACAGAGAUGUACACAUAGAUCAUUUUGUACAUAAUUUUAUCAGACGUGAACAGACGGAUGACGAAUCAGAGUAAAAUGUGAAUAACGGAGUCUGUACAGGACGAGCUUUACUGAAUGAUAUGAAUCAGAUGUUCUGACUGUCACAGUCGAAAGAUCUAAACUGAAUACCAACAGCUAGGCCUUGUUCAGACUACCAGGCCAAAUUCAUUUUUUUGGCAUAUCCACAUUGAAUCCAUAUUGAUUUUAGAAAGUCUUGACAGCAAAAAAAGAACACGACAUGCAGCUGGAUAACUCAGUAAGUAAGAACACUGGCCUUCCCACCAGAGGGACGAGUCUCCAGUGAGAGUUUGUGGUUUAGACUCCUAAUGCUAUGCAAGCCAACUACCUGUAAGUCACUUUGGUUAAAAGCGUCAGUUAAAUAAAAUGUAAAAAUGCUAUAUUUGCAAAUCGAAUCCAAAUUACAUUUGGAGGAGUUUGAAAUGCGAUUCCAAAUUGGAUUUCUACAGAUGCGUCUGUCUGGACGCUCAACUUGGAUUUCAAAAUAUCUUUUGCGUCACUCGAAACGCAACACACAACGACAACGACAGGAGGACAAUAGAUUGUUUGGAGGGCAAAAUGAUGGACCUCCAUUUCUCAUGCUUCCACUUUGGAAAGCCAUGUCUGGACACACAAAUCUGAUCACUUGCAAAUAACAUUAGGACAGUCUGUCUUAAAGAUCUGAUUUCAGAAACAAAUUAUACUACAAAUGAAGGAAUAUUAUAAGGAUCCUUAAAAGUCGGUCAUGUUUACAUGUGCAUUAGUAUCCUGUUGUGAUCAGGUUUGUUUUUAGAGUAUCCCGUCUAUCUGUUGCAUGUAAACAUCAGAUCCUGGUUUCAGAACCCGGGAUAAGCUAUCUGAAGUCCUCUGAUAGAAACCAGGGUCCUGUGUCAUGUAAACAGCUGAUCAGGUUUCUGAUCAUUCUGUGUUGGUACAGAACAUCGAAGCUGACAUGGUGAGAAAUCAAGACCAUCUGAAACCUGGAUACUGUUAUGAUCACGUAAAUGGAGAAAUCGAUCAAUAACCGGGUUUCUCAUGUUCCAUGUAAACAUAUCCCAAAUAUGAUCAGGAAGAGUGCAGUUUGAAGGGGUCAUAACAAUCAGACUGUUGGUUGAUCAGGUACAUGUGUGGCAGGUCUGGCUGCUGUCAAGCGAUCUGCUAUAAGCUGUAGUCAGCUGGAGGCUCAUGGUGGAGUAACAUUUCGCUAAAGCGAGUUUAUUUGCACAUUAGCUUUCAACAACAAGGAGAUUCAACGUGUUUUACAUGAGACAGAGAACAAUAAGAUAUACAAUCAAUAUAAAAAGACACAAAUAGGAUUUCAAACAAAUUAAAAUAGAAACACCUUUAAGUACACGUGGCUGAGUGUAAAUGAGUGUAUUAACCAUAUCUGGAUUUUAUCAGAUAUGAGACGCUUGAUAUGAAAAUUACCCGACUCAUGAAAACCGUUUUUUUGUAACGUGUCACUUUAAUGUGAACUCUGUAGCUUUUUACAAGAAAGGUCGUCGGUGUCUUCGCUCUUGCAGUUGAGCCUUUUAGUGGGGUUUUAACUCACUCCCGCCCCCCGCCCCCCUCUGAGAACAAAGAUGGACUACAGCAACUUUUUUAACAGGAGAAGAAAAAGAUGUGACAAAAAAAAUAAUCUGCUGUGGGAUGCUUGGAAAAUUGCUGGUAUUGCCUCAAACUGUUGCCCUGAGACCUCAGAGCUCGAUCAACACCAGUUUGUAUAUGUGAUAAUUACAGAGGGUUCAUCUUCAUCCUCCUCCUCAUUAUUCUGUAUGUUGUAAAGUGACUAGAGUCCAGACAGUUGUGGUGUCUCCUGAAAAAAAAUAAAUCUGUACAUGAUCACGCUGUAUGAUUCAGUAAUGAUGCUAAUAACAACAAUAAUAAUAACCUUUGUAAUUUAAUAAACACACUGGAAAGGCA